GUCGGCCCAAGUUUAUCUCCCAACAUGCCCAAUGAUGCUGUAGAAUGCAUAAGCAGUCUAUGCAUUCUCAUAAUCUAGUAUUCUGAGCAACCAUCUCCAAAUUAUGCUUUGUGUCUCGAUAUGGCGCAGCCUAAGAAAGCAUGGGCCCCACGAGCUCGAACAGGGUGCAUCACCUGCAGAAAUCGAAGAGUCAAAUGCGAUGAGGGACGGCCUGUCUGCAGACGAUGCAUCAUCGGUGGUCGGCAAUGUUCCUUUCCUAUAGAUCACCAUCAGCAGCAGCAGAGCCACCCGAUUGCAAUCGCCCCAAAGCUAGUCUCGCGCCCUGCAACUGGGGACUAUAUUAAGAUAGAAGACGCCGACGCAUUUCGCAGUGUAAUACGGUCUCCACCUGCUACACCACAGCUCAAUGGAACCGCAGAUGUAGCGGAUCUUGUUCACCUCAUUUCCAACUCUCAUACCCGCACAUCUACCAAUGAAGAUCACUAUGGUCGACCCGAUCUUCCCUUUGCCAUGAGUCAGCGAGCUGCGUUACUGUACGUUUUUGGCCUACCCAGACGAACAGGGCAUGAACCGGCACUAGACACGGCUAUUAAAUGUGUCGCUUCUAUACUGCGAAGGCGCCGGUCCUCCCGAGACCCUCCUGCGGAUGGGCCGCCGCCUGGCGCUCUAGCACAGUAUGGCGAUGCUCUCAGAAGGCUGCAAGAUGCCUUGAAUGAUACAGGACGGUCUCGAUCUGCCGAGACUUUGGGGGCAACGAUAUUAUUAUUACUGUUUGAAGCAUUGCUGGAAGACCAGUCACACGCAUCCAUUCAACAUGCAUUGGGAGCAUCACAUCUUAUCCAACAUCGCGGCUCCUCCGCAUUUACAACUACAUUUGAAUCUGCAUUGCUGAGAUCUCACAUGUACGUGAUUACAGUCGAGGGCUAUUUCCAAGGCAAGCACAUAUUUCUUGAGGAGAAGCAGUGGAGAGACGCAAUCCUUGGCACGCUGACACCAACUUCCACUAUUGAGGAUAAGAUGGCAGUUACUUUGAACACGGUGAUGGCGCCCUGUUCUGGUGUCAUGGCAGAUGUUGUCAAACUCUUUGUUGAUGAGAAGGGCUAUUCAGCCGCUGCUCAUAAAGAGUUGCUAGUACGAGUGGACACUGCGCGAGAGGGCCUGCUAAGCUGGUAUGCGCGAUGGAACAAGUCUAUAUUCUGUCGUGUAACAGCCGAUGGAACGGUGAUGGACCGGGUCCCAGAGCAUCUCUACACCACAAGCGGCUACCAGCUGGACCGACUGUGUAUCUACGAAGGAUAUCUGAUGCUCUGCAAUCGAAUGCAUGUUGCUCUUGGCGGAGACGAAUCGGAUACUAUUGAGCAGCAGUCGCAAGACAUUGCAAAGACCAUGAUUGGCAUUGGACCAAAUUCGCCGCCGCCGCAGGGCGCGCCUGGGCUGGUCCCGAGGGCACACGGCGUGGUGGGAAGCUUGGCGCAGACGAUAUUCGUCUUGUCUGCCCUUAAGGGGGCACGUAUUAUUUUGGAUACGGGGUCAGACUGGAAAAGAGCACCAGACAAGAGUGUGUCAGAUGACCUCUUGGGCAGACGACGACUGCUGCCCAAGGAGGUUGUCUUUAGCUACAUGAAAUCGGUUGGGUUUGGGAUACGGAAUAUCGGAAUGUAUGAUGACCAAUGACCCUUUUUUUUUUUACAUACUUGUACUUGUAAAUAUAGUAUUUAUAUAUUUAAAUUGGAAUUGUUGGUGUAAUUAAAAUUGUA